AAAGAAGAAAGAAGUGCUCGGUUGUGAAGUCAACAUGGCUGACACAGGAACUACUGUACUUGACACUAUGAGUAAGGAAGUGAACGACCUUUUCCGGAAAGGUCUGGAACUAGGUCACGAAACGGGCAAACAAUCCUGCCCGACUGGUUUGUGUAGUACACACGGGGCGAAGCUCAUGUACAAAGAGAUUACAAAGAAGGAAGCUGCCGUGCUCCGGCGAAUGUUGAGCACAGGACCACUAGUGAGAACGCUAUCUGUAUUGAACAUCUCCCUUUUCGCGUUCAGGGUUGCGUUCUAUGAACUUGAGGAAUGCCCUUCCCUUAAAAAAGUGUACAUUCACGUUGACUGCAACGGCAAGGACUUGGGCACGAGUCUCACCGCGGCUUUUAGAUGUCUGAGAACGUUGGAGUUGAGCUGCGAAAACACCGGGACGGGAUUCGCGAAGGAUGUUGCAGACUACAUCCGACAGAACAAGUCUUUGAGGGAAAUAGUCAUCUGGGACUCCUGCGGCGGUGACGAAGGUGCCGCAACUCUCGUGGAAGCCCUAGCGGCAAACGACACCCUCAAGACCUUCUCAUUAGCCGAGGUGGAGUUAUCAUCAGACAUCUUAAUCGGGUUCGCGAAGAUGCUCGCAACCAACUCGACGCUGGAGGUGGUGAACCUCAAGCACGUCUGUCCCGUGGAAAAGGACAAAGUGUGCUGGCUGACGGCGCAGAAGCGGUACGCUGGCGUCUUCAAAAGGCUCGAUAUCCUGUGGCCAGAGGAACUCCUAUCGGAACUCGCCGCGCUCAUCCGCAGACAUGCAUGCUGCCCCGCGCUGUUCAUCAGCGUCACUUCCUCGAUCGAAGAGGGAGUUCUUGGGGAGUUUUCCGACGCCUUGGCCAAAGCCGCGACACUUCGUAGCCUCGACAUUGAAUCUGACAUCGCCGUAGUCAACGCACUUCACGACAGGUUCGACGCAGACGGCACCGCUUCGGCAUUGCGUAAAAGAGAACUCCAUCAAAUCUGGGGCGACAUGGGCGCGAAUCGUGGUAAAGAGCGUCACCUCGUCCGCAUCCUCGACGCCUUGAAGACGAACUGUUCCAUUGAGCAGUUCACCACGGGGGCAGUGAUGGUGACGCCAGAAAUGGCGACGUCCCUCUCAGAAUUGCUGGCGGUCAACGACACUCUGAACGUCGUUCACUUGUACAAUUACUGGGAAAUCUCGUCCAAUGAGAUACAAACAAUUCUGAAGGGUCUCAGGGCUAACUACACCCUUACCGAGCUCCGUGUUCUCUGGGACUGCGAUCACUACGAAGAAAUGGGCGAGGUGAAUGCGCUUCUACAGAGAAACGUUCGUCUGGCAAACAAGGCUGCCCACUUUGUGGUUUCAGGCGCUGAUGUUAAUGAUGAGGAAGGCGCUGAUGCUUUGAAGAGACUGAAGUCGAGCGCUCGACUCGUGGAGGAGGUGAAGGAGCUUACUGGAAAGACAACGGAGGCGGCGUUAGGAGAAAUACAGUCAACUCUAGCUCGCUUAACCGUGUGCGAAAACAUGGAAGACACGUCGACCUGGUCGGCGCCUCACCGUUACCGCUGACUGGUUUCGGCAACACAUGAGAUAGUUGAGUCUAAAGCGAAUGUCAUUGGAGCUUUCAGAAGGGGGCGGGGUUUCAGCACUCCUCUUAAAAGGUGAUGAGCAACGAUAUUACCCCUACGUGCAAUUCACUCACAUGCCAGGCACAGACAAGAGCGGCCUAACCGGAACUGGAGACCACAUUGAGCAAAGGAAGACUCAAAUGCUUAA